AUGGAACCUCCCCUUCACGCUCCUCCUCGUCUUCUACGGCCUCGGCACAGCAGCAACAAAGGUCAAGCACGACAUCAAAGCCAAGCUCACUCUCUCCAGCUCCGGCACCCCGGGGGUGAGGGCGCCCGAAACCACGUCCAGGUCUUUGCAAACAGCAUCGUCGCCUCCAUCCUCAUCCUCCUCCACACCGCACAACUCUACGACCUCAACCUCAACACAAUCACCACACGCACCACCCCCUCCUCCCCCCUCUUCUCUCCCGCCCACGGCGCCUGCUUCGACAACACCCCCGAAAACCUCCUCGCAAUCGGCAUCAUCGCAAACUACGCCGCAACCCUCUCCGACACGCUCUCCUCCGAGCUCGGCAUCCUCGCGUCCUCCCCGCCCCGCCUCAUCACAACAUGGAACGUCACGCCAAAGGGCACCAACGGCGGCAUCACCCUCGCCGGCAUCACCGCCGGCGCCGCGGGCGCAGCAAUCAUCGGCCUCGUCGCGGCGGUCAUGUUGCCUGCCUGUGAGGGGUCUGAGGCGGCGUGGGGGCUAUGGGAGAAGGUGUGGCUGGUGGCGUUCGUGACGGUGGUUGGGACGGUGGGGUCGCUGCUGGACUCGCUGCUUGGCGCGCUGUUCCAGCAGUCUGUGAUCGAUGUGCGGAGUAAGAAGAUUGUGGAGGCGCCGAACGGCGCGAAGGUGCUUGUUGAGCCGGCGACGCAUAUCACUGCGCAGGGGAGGCUGCACUCGGCGGUUGGGGGCGCGCCGCAGUCGGCGGCGGGGGCGGUGCCGGUGCAUGGGGCGGAGGGGGUGAGGAAGCGGGGUGGUGGGGGUGGGGGCGCGGAGGAGGAGGAGGCGGUGGUGGAGGUGGGGGAGAGGCCGAAUAGUCGUAGGGUCAUCACGGCGCAGAGGUGGGGCGUGUUGAGUAAUAAUCAGGUUAAUUUGGUGAUGGCGGCGGUGAUGAGUGUGGUGGCUAUGGUGCUGUGGGGUGGGUUGGGGACGGUUGGGGUUGUUUUGGCGGAGCAGGCGAAGACGGUGGUGAGGACGGUGGUGAAGCAGGAGAUUAUUGGGGCGGUUGUGGGUGCUUUGUUGGCGCCGAUUUUGGGGUAG